AGUGGUCGUCGUCGCGGCGGCACCGGUGGGAGCGGGGCGCAGGGACCAGAGAGCGGCCGGCGGGCAGACGGGCGGCGGGGGGUUUGCACCGGCGGCGGAGGACGCAGGCCCUGUCGGUUGGGUGCGAGACCACUGAGCCCAAGGGCGGCUUCUGGAGCAUCUCCUGCCGGUCGCAGCCCGAGAGACGGGGCCGCUCAGCCGGCGUCACCAUGACCAAGGCCGGUAGCAAGGGCGGGAAUCUCCGCGACAAGCUGGACGGCAACGAGCUGGACCUGAGCCUCAGCGACCUGAAUGAGGUCCCGGUCAAGGAGCUGGCUGCCCUUCCAAAGGCCACCAUACUGGAUCUGUCCUGCAAUAAACUGACUACUCUCCCGUCGGAUUUCUGUGGCCUCACACACCUGGUGAAGCUGGACCUGAGUAAGAACAAACUGCAGCAACUGCCAGCCGACUUUGGCCGUCUGGUCAACCUCCAGCACCUGGAUCUCCUCAAAAACAGACUGGUCACCCUGCCUGUCAGCUUUGCUCAGCUCAAGAGCCUGAAGUGGCUGGACCUGAAGGAUAACCCCCUGGAUCCUGCCCUGGCCAAAGUGGCAGGGGAUUGCCUGGAUGAGAAGCAGUGUAAGCAGUGUGCCAACAAGGUUUUACAGCACAUGAAGGUCGUGCAGGCGGAUCAGGAGCGAGAGAGGCAGCGGCGGCAGGAAGUAGAACGCGAGGCGGAGAAGAAGCGGGAGGCCAAGCAGCGAGCCAAGGAGGCUCAGGAGCGGGAGGUGCGCAAGCGGGAGAAGGCGGAAGAGAAGGAGCGCCGGAGGAAGGAGUACGAUGCCCUCAAAGCAUCCAAACGGGAGCCCGAGAAGAAACCCAAGAAGGAAACGAAUCAGGCAUCGAAAUCCAAGUCCGGCUCUCGGUCCCGUAAGCAGCCACCCCGGAAGCACACCCGGUCCUGGGCGGUGCUGAAGCUGCUGCUGCUGCUGCUGCUGUGCGUGGCGGGCGGGCUGGUGGUGUGCCGGGUGACGGAGCUGCAGCAGCAGCCCCUCUGCACCAGCGUGAACACCAUCUACGACAAUGCGAUUCGGGGUCUGCGCAGCCACCACAUCCUCCAGUGGGUCCUGCAGACCGACCCUCAGCAAUGAGCGUGUCCUCAACACCUGCUGCCUCUCAGCCCUGGGACUUGGAUUCCUAUGGAAUUGGGUUCUGCUGGACACAACCUCUUUUUAGCGUCAGACCUACCUGCCGUCAUUAAAUGGCUGCUGAUUGGUACUUGA